UGUGAAAGUUGGUUGGCGGUGUGUUCGGGAUUGGGAGGGGGUUCUCGCCCCUUUGGACGGGGAGCCGGAGGCGGAUUAUUCUCUGUGGGGCAACACCAACAAUUUUCCUUCGGUGAGUAUUGAAGCCGGUUCCGAGCGGGGAGGUCUGACGUUCAACCUGCGGUGAAAGGUCUAUUGGAAGAAAUACCCCAACUGGAAGCAAACCACAGCUGAAGACGGGAACAGCAACAAGUGAACCAGCCCGAGGACUGAGAGCAUCAACUAGAGAGAACGCUCCUGACUCAGAGUUUCCAUUGAUUCAGUCAGGAGAAAGUUUGGUUAAAAAUGACAAGGAAUUUGUCUAUGGGAAUGUCUAACACAACACACAUGUUUUGCUGUCUCUUUUGAUAUUUAAGAAGUGGAGCAAGGGAUUCACUCGAUUAUCCUUCCUGCUCAGACUGUGGCGAGGGAUUUACUCGGUCAUUUCAAUUGAAGGUACAUCAGCAAGUUCACACCGGGACAAGGCCAUUCACCUGUUCUAUUUGUGAGAAAGGAUUCAGUCGUCUUCCCACCUGUGGACACACUAGUCAGAUCACACUGGGCAGAAGCUCUUCAUCUGCUGAAUUUGUGGGGAAAGAUUCAUUUUGUCAUCUAACCUAAUGGCUCACCAGCGAGUUCACACCAGAGAGCGGCCAUUCACCUGCUCAGACUGUGGGAAGAGAUUCACUCAGUCAUCCCAACUGAAGGCACAUCAGAGAGUUCACACUGGAGAGAGACCAUUCACUUGCUCAGAAUGUGGGAAGGGAUUCACUCAGUCAUCCGACCUACUCACACACCAGUCAGUUCACACUGGCGAAAGGCCAUUCACCUGCUCAGACUGUGGGAAGGGAUUCACUCAGUCGUCCGCCCUAAUGGCACACCGACGAGUUCACACUGGGGAGCGGCCGUUCACCUGCUCGAACUGUGGGAAGAGAUUCACUCGGUCAUCCCAACUGAAGGUACAUCAGCGAAUUCACACCGGGGAGAGGCCACUCACUUGCUCAGACUGUGGGAAGGGAUUCACUCGGUCAUCUAACCUAAUGGCACACCAGCAAAUUCACACCGGGGAGAGGCCGUUCACCUGUUCAGACUGUGGGAAGGGAUUCACCUGCUCAUCCCAACUGAAGGUGCAUCAGCGAGUUCACACUGGGGAGAGGCCGUUCACCUGCUCAGAAUGUGGGAAGAGAUUCACUUGGUCAUCCCAAAUGAAGGUACAUCAGAGAGUUCACACUGGAGAGAGGCCGUUCAUCUGCUCGGACUGUGGGAAGGGAUUCAUUUGCUCAUCCCAGCUGAAGGUACACCAGUCAGUUCACACUGGGGAGAGGCUGUACACUUGCUCAGUCUGUGGGAAGGGAUUCACCCGGUCAUCUCAGUUACUGAGACACCAGUCAGUUCACACUGGGGAGUGGCUGUUCACCUGCUCAGACUGUGGGAAGGGAUUCACUGAAUCAUCUCAACUGAAGGUACAUCAGAGAGUUCACACUGUAGAGAGGCCAUUCACCUGCUCAGACUGUGGGAAGGGAUUCACUCGGUCAUCCGACCUACUGGCACACCAGCGAAUUCACACCGGGGAGCGGCCAUUCACCUGCUCAGACUGUGGGAAGGGAUUCACUCGGUCAUCUAAGCUGAAGGUACAUCAGCGAAUUCACACUGGGUAGAGGCUGAUCACCUGCUCAGACUUCGGGAAAAGAUUUUCUCAGCCAAAUCAACCAAGUAGGCAUCAUUGAGUUCUUACCGGGGAGUGUCCGUUCACCUGCUGUGAAUGUGGUAAGCAAUUAACUCAGUAAUCAGACACAGACAUACUUUAUUAUUCCUGAGGGAAAUUGGGUUUCGUGACAGUCGCACCAACCAAGAACAGGAAAUAUAGCAAUAUGAAACCAUAAAUAAUUAAAUAAUACUAAGUCAAGUAUGCUGUUACGUACCCAGUAACUGGGUUAACAGACCAGCAGAAAUGGAAGGAUAUGUUGGUGUCUGGUGGUUCUUUAACUAAAGGUGUUUAUUCGUAAAAUAAACCAAAGAGUAUCAAUAAUGCAAAUAUACAUAUAAAACAGGUUAGCAAUAAUAAACAAGCUCUAUCAAUAUCUAGGGGUAUAUGAAUAGUCAUAAGAGAAUAUAAAGUUCAGUUCAGUUCGUCCAUGCUGAGGUAGCUGUUGCUGUGCUGCAAUUGGAGAGAGAGAGAGGGGGGCAGAAAGCGACCAAGAGAUUGGGCAGCUGCAGCAAGCAAACCUUCUGUUGUCUUCUUAUUCCGUUGUACCAUUGUGGUCAUUCGGUUAUGACCCCUCCGUUCUCAGCUAGACUGUUCUUCAGUGGUGGACUCAUCACCCUGGCAUGACUGGACACACACACAAGUCCCCACCAGCCCUGCCGUCACACUGUGAGCCUUUGUGACCGAUCUUCUGAUUCGGUCCUCUAAGCCCCCACCUUCCUGUGGGUGCACAACACUCGGUCAGUGUCCACUGGUGUGUUUGAAGAGUGUCUCCCCAGACCCGUCUUUUAUCCCCACUGACGGGGUAUCAGCCAUCCAUCAACUCAAUAUGUCUAUGUCCAUCAAGCUAGGCCACUCCUGCUGUCUCUUCAGGAAUGUUAACGAGCAAAGAAGUGUCCCGGCAGCAAAAGGUUUCGUUUACCUGUCCAUCAGUGAAGCAGCCAUAAUACCUAAAUCAGUCGUCUCUCUCUUAUCUGUAGCAGAUAUCUCUACCUCUGUUCUUCAUCUCUCUCUCACUCUCAUUAGCUGCAUAGUCCUCAAAGGGGGGGGGGGGAAGGGUCAGCUCUGGACCCCAUUUCCAUCAGGUCUGUUCAGCACACAUAACACCCCCACCCUUCAAAGAAUCUUCACCGGGUUGAAAAUUCACUAGUAAAGCACAUUACAGAGUCUAAUCUAAUACAGAAGUGGUCUUUAACUACAAGGAUAACACAGGUAUACUUUCAAAUUAACACCUGGAUAAACAAUCAGCAAUUACAUUGUCAUUUCCCUUUACAUUUUGUAUUUUAAUAUCAAAUUCUUGUAACAACAGACUCCAACUAAAUAACCAUGUAUUUUUAUUCUUCAUGUUUGUCAAAAAUACCAAGGGGUUGUGAUCAGUAUAGACUAUCACUGGUUUCUACGCUGGACAAAUGUCGACCUCAAAUUGCUGUAAUGCCAGGAUUACCAUUCUGAUCGUCCAGGGUGGGCAUGUUUCUGUUCUGACCUUCUCCAUGUUUCUGUGACAGAGAAGCUGGCCAAACCUGACUGGAAGGGGAAUCUGGUAGGAAUGACGAUGGAGCAGCAAUGGCUGGAGUUUCUGGGAGCAACUCGGGAGCUGAGUGAUAGACACAUCCCAAAGAAGUGGAAGCAUUGGAAAGGCAGGAGGACACAACUGUGCCUGAAAUGAGAUGCAAAAGCCAACAUAAAAGCCAAAGAGAGGGCAAAUAAUAGAGCAAAAAACAUUGGGAAGCUUUAAGAAACCAACAGAAGACAACUAAAGCAAGUCAGAUGAGCUCAGGGUGUGGAAGUAUGAUAUUGUAGUCAUUAAUGCAUCUUGAUAGCACCCAACAGCCUGAGGAAUUUAGAGGAACAAAAUAUCUGGGGCCACGAUAUCUCUUGAAAACCAAGGUUCCCUGCACCAGUUACCUUUCAACUUUUAUUUUGGUAGGCACAUACAAACUCUGCACCCUCAAAAUUUCACUUCUGAAGAACCCCCACUUACCAAGUGCUCCUUUGCAGAAAACAGCCUGUCCCAAUCCACACUUGUCAAAUCCUUGCAAAUACCAUAAACAUUGAUGUUGCUCCAAUUUAGAAUCUCAAGAGAGGUCCAGACCUCUGUUUUUCCGUACUUACUUGGAAUUUCAUGGCAUUAUGAUCACUAUACACAAAGUGUUCCCAUUCACUAAUUUUUGUCACCAGCCCUGGAUCAGUUCCCAACAGCUUAUUGUACAAUUCUACGCCGGUUGUUUUAUGUACUGAUUAAGGAGCAUUUGACAAACUCUACCCCAUCUAGUCCUUUUACAGUAUGGGAGUCCCAGUCAAUAUAUGGAAAGUUAAAAUCACUUACUAUAUCAACUUUUGUUUCUUGGUAUAGUCUGUGAACUCUCUAAAAAUUUGUUCCUCUAGAUCCCUCAGACUGUUGGGUGCAACCAAUUCCCAGUAAUGCCUACGAUAUCACAAUUCCAUGCCCUGGGCUCAUCUGGCUUUCCUGCGAUGCUUCUUGCAUCGUGAUUUCCACAGCUCCACGCAUUCAUCGCACCAGGCUCAAGCAUUUGAUUACUGACUCUAUCUGAGCUCUGAACCACAUCUGUCUGGUGUCAAGAAAGCAACCUGUCCCUCAAUGUCAGGAAAACAUCUGACACUGAAUUUUGUGGUGAGGAUGCAGGAAAGGUUUUCUUCUGAUGACUCUCCAUGCAGGUCAUAUUUGUGCAGGUGUCACUGCACAGUAGAACAGUGCACCACCACUCCAGAGUCUGCUAAAUCUUCCUGAAUGUUUUUUACAGUCAAACAGGGGUUUUGAUUUGCCUUUCUAGCAAUCCUACGAGUAGUUCUCCCAAAAAGUUUUCUUGGUCUUCCAGACAUCAACUUGACCUCCACCGUUCCUGUUAAAUGCCAGUUCUUACUUACAUUAUGUACUGAGGAAACGGCUACCUGAAAAUGCUUUGCUAUCUUCUUAGAGCCUUCUCCUGCUUUGUGGGCAUCAUUUAUUUUAACUUUCAGAGUGCUCAGCGGCUGCUUAGAGGAGCCCAUGGCUGCUGAUUGUUGGGACAAGGUUGGAGGAGUCAGGGUAUUUAUAAGGCUUUGCAAUUUGUACAGCCUGGCCUGUCCUAAUGAUGAUUGCAAACAAGCCAUAGCCCUAACAAGCUAAUUCAGAUCUGAGACCUCGGUAAAAUUUAACUGAGAGCUCAAAUCUCUUGGGGUGCCUGAACUUUUCCAUGGUGCUCCUUUCCCUUUUUUCUCCCACUCUAAAAUUGUACAAAACAGAAAUAAUACACUAAACUCCUGAUGAAGGGUUUCGGCCCGAAACGUUGUCACUACCUCCUCCCAUAGAUGCUGUCAGGCCUGCUGAGUUCUGCCAGCAUUUUGUGUUUUUAAUAAUACACUCAUCUUGCUUAAAAUGUUGAAUGUUUUGUCUUUAAUUUUCUGACUUUUGGAGACCAGUUCACCUUCUACUCACUUAACU